AUGGCAUCCGUCUCGCGCACCCUCUCCCGCGCUCUGCGCACCGCGGCUCCGUCCUGGCGCUCCACCGCCACCCGCUCCGCCCGCUCGCAGUGGCAGUGGCAGGGCCAGCGCCAGGGCCAGCGCCAGGGCCAACGCGGCUACGCCACGGGCAACGAGGAGCCCGCAGACAAGUUCGAGGGCAACCCCACGGGCAUGUUCGUCGGCGCCGGCGCGCUGCUGCUCGGUGCUGCUGGCUACGCCGCCUACACGUACCGUCCGCAGCUGCUGGGCCUCGAGGGCAAGCCCAAGGCGCCCUUUGUCCCGCGCUUCGAGAACUACCAGGACGUGUACAACCACAUUGCCAAGCUGCUAGACGAGCACAACGACUACGACGACGGCAGCUACGGCCCCGUGCUGCUGCGUCUGGCCUGGCACGCCUCUGGAACCUACGACAAGGAAACCAAUACCGGUGGUUCCAACGGCGCCACCAUGCGCUUCGCCCCCGAGGGCGACCACGGCGCCAACGCCGGCCUCAAGGCCGCCCGCGACUUCCUCGAGCCCGUCAAGGAAGCCUUCCCCUGGAUCACCUACUCGGACCUCUGGAUCCUCGCUGGCGUCGCCGCCAUCCAGGAGAUGCAAGGCCCCAAGAUCCCCUACCGCGCCGGCCGCGCCGACCGCGAUCUCUCCUUCUGCACCCCCGACGGCCGUCUGCCCGACGCCUCCAAGGACAGGAGCCACAUCCGCGCCAUCUUCGGCCGCAUGGGCUUCGACGACCGCGCCAUGGUCGCUCUGUCGGGUGCCCACGCCCUCGGCCGCUGCCACACGGACCGCUCCGGCUACGAUGGCCCCUGGACCUUCAGCCCCACCACCCUGACCAACGACUACUUCAAGCUCCUGAUCGAGGAGAAGUGGCAGUACAAGAAAUGGAACGGCCCCAAGCAGUUCGAAGACGUCAAGACCAAGACGCUGAUGAUGCUGCCCACCGACAUGGAGAUUGUCAAGGACAAGAGCUUCCGCAAGUACACGGAGCUGUACGCAAAGGACAACGACGCCUUCUUCAAGGACUUCUCAAAUGCCGUCGUCACCCUGUUUGAGCUGGGUGUGCCCUUUGAGCACCCCGAGGACCAGAGGUGGGUCUUCAAGAGCUCCUUUGACUAA